GGUGCUGGGUAUGUGGUCGGAUCGAUGGUACCCCAUCAGUCCUUGAUGUGCUGAUGUUGCCAGGGCUGUGUUCGCUCUGUAAUAAUCUCUUCUCCUGCUGUGUCCAAAGGGCCAGAGUUUUUUGUGCUGAGACUGGAGGCUGAACGCUGCAGCCAGGUCAGCAGGCAUCACUUCUGCCAGAUCUGAAGCUGUUUGGCUGUUGACUACAGCCUGCCUCGCUGCCUGGCAGCUGAACCUCUCGUCCCGCACCCUGAUUCACCUUUCCUCACUUCACCUGUAAUACUGACGAGGGAAGGUGUCUGCCAAGACUGACCCUUUAUAGGCUUUUGAGGAGUUUUCUGAGCUGCCUCAAGGCAGGGAAGGUUUAUGGGCCUGGCAGGGAAUGAUUGCCUAAGUUUUGGAGCCCCUGCCCUUCCUUCCAAGUCGUUUUCCCUAACCAUGGGGAUGUUUUCAGAGUUUGAAAUGUUUCAUUCUUUUCCACAGAAGCAUUCAGGCUUUUCAAUGUCUGAAUAAUUGCCAGCUCCCUCCUGCUGGGGCCGUUGAAGUGAAACCGCACUGGACGUUUGUACUAAACCUGUUCUCAGCAUCCGCAGGCGAGCGGGGCUCCGGGGCACCCACCGGCGUGUGUAUGCAGCGAGUGCCUCGCGCAGUGAGGAACAACCCUGGCGCUUGUCCCUGACUGCCGGGGUGUGGGAUCAGCCCUUUUCCUUGGUGGUUGAGGUUGGGGUUUUGUCCUGUCAUCUCAGCAUGGAGAGUGAAACGUCCAGGAGGUUUGUUUGGUGUUUGUGGGCAUUGCCACCCGCUGGAUGCUGGCUGGAGAUCGCUGUGGGGCUUGGGUUGGCAGCGGGUCGUUCUCAUGAAAACCUCUCAAGAAAAUAUAAUUCCCAAAUUCCCUUUUGCUGCUUCCAGAAAAACUUUCCCCUGGCAUUGCUUAAAGUGUGAGUCUGAAGGGCCAAAAGCUGAGUUCCGGCACCUCUCAUAAUCCUUGUGUUUCCAUGUAACGUUGGCAAGACUCUUACCCUGUUUGGGUUGCGGAUCUCAUUGUCUUUGAGUUUUUCAGUGCAGAGGCCUCUGAUGGCUGGGUGUGAAAGUCUUGGGGGGUUUUGAGCAUUCCUGUACGAGCCAUCUUGCAAACAGGUUUUAUUCAGCAGGAGAUCUGUGAGAUCUGUCAUCCUGGUCUGUGGCAUUGAUUUCAAUGGAGUCUGAAUCUUCCUCAGUUUUAGGUACUCAUUAAUUUUGCUGGACAACUUUAUUGGGAAACUUUCUGGGAAAGUGGGAAACGCUAUUCAGAUGGAGUGUAAUUAUCAAAAAACCAUACAAGGUAGUUAAACCAAUUUUUGUCAGGCGCUCUGAAGAACAGAACUACUGUUCUGUAAGUGCUUUCUUGCUCCAAGCGUGUCAGACGCUGAAGCUACAAGUAUCCAACGUAACUUGGGUCCGUCAGUCUUUCAGGGUUCAAGCCUUUUCUGGUCUGUUGGCUUUUAACAAAAAAAAUUAAAUUCUUGAAUGCUUAUGUUGUAUUUGUUGGAGGAUGGUGGGAUUUUUCCCCUGAAACAGCAGCUUUUGAGGGAGCUGCAGGCAUGCUGAGGCGCUCCCAAAUGUUUCAGCAGAACCAGGGUACCUGCAGAGAUCCUUGGUGCUUUUUACACCCAGAUUACACCAAUUUCACGCAACUGUGACAGAAACUUGCAAAACUGGUGUACCUCCUUUGUGUAUUUGCUCUUAAAUGGGUUCAAAUAUCCACUGUAUUUUAGUCAAAGUCAGUGUUGUGUAGUCAAAGUAAGGCGAGAUAUGGAUUGAGGCCACUCAGUUCAUUACCACCUUGAGCCAAAUCAAAGUAUUAAGACAUUAUCGAACCUGUUUAAGCAUAUACAUAGUAUGGUGCUGGCCUGAGUUAAUGACACAAAUUUUCCUCACCCAGUAUAAUACUUGGGUGUAAUUGGAGAUUGGUAUUGUUUGCUCUUAAUUUCCCCAGAUACCCAAAAGACCAGGGAAACUAGGAACAGGGAAGGUAAAUAAAGUAGUUGAGCGCAGGAAUGAUGGCAGCAGUAGGGCUGUGCUAAAUAGGUUUCUUUGAACUGUGAUUGCAACUGCAGAAAUAUCCCAUGCUUGCAUGCAGGGAGGCAAGAUGAGGUUAUUAAUUAUAACAACAGGCUGGAAUUUAUCUUAAUGAGAAACAGCGUAGCUUGAGAGAAGCUGAGGCUGUGCUGGUAGCUGUCCCCAGGGCUGGGGCUCCAGUGAGACCUUUGUGGUCUGUUCUCCUGCCAGCCUUGCUGAGGCAAAGCCUGUCCCAUGAGGAUCCUGGGUGACUGAGUGCCGGUGUAGCACAUUUCCUGUACUUCUAGCCUGAGUUUUGAAGAGGUCACGUUACUGUUGGCCAUCUUGUCUGGGCCCUGCAUCCCAAUAACCCUGGACAGGUGCAGGAGGUGGUUCUAUAGGGUGAUACCUCUGGUCCCUCAUCAAAACUUUGUGCAUCCAGAGCUUGUGAAACCGCACAAUAUUUGAGUAAUGCUAGAACUAGGACUUCACUGGCCUCCUUGAAAUACUGGGUCUGCCUCUUCCUUUCAUAUCCCCAGGGAUUCUUCUUGUUGCCCUGGCAGAGGUUUGGGUAACCUGUUCAUUAGCAAAAGAGCCUUUGAGAAUGGUCUUGUCUCAGCGUGCCUGUACUGCACAGUGCUCUGCUAGCCAAACUGGUUUUCUUCUGAAAGCUAGUAUCUUACAACACUGAAGCAAUUAAGGUAUAUUAUUAAAGUAUAUUAAAGGCUAAUGAUGCACGUCCUGUUUUUCUCACAAGGCAAGCCUUCCAAAUUCUGAAUAUGCUUUGAGGAUUUUGCAUGAGGAAUGAUAAAAGUCUUGUCUCCAGUCCAUCAGUUUAGAAUAAUGCUGCCUGUAUAUCCUUAGCCUUGGAGAAAAGCCAGUGUGAAGAAUGCUCCUUCCAGACGUGUGUCACUUUGCAUUCUUGCAGCAGCAUUGGGCUUGCAAGUCCGGUGACCACAUCUUCAGAUGGGCAUAUCCCUUCAAAAAGACUCUGCACCUUCUCUGCUUUUUCCUGGGCUAAAGCCAGCCAGGGAUUUCAGCCGUGAAGAGAAUUCUCCAAGUGGUGACAGUCUCCUCUGCUUACUUCCUUCAUCAGAGCCAGACUUUGGUGCAUGUUACAGGAGCUUUCAUCUGCUCCUGUCCCAGCUGUGCCACUGCCUUCCUCCCGUUUCCCACCUCACUCUUGACAAGCUCCUCUGGGCCUGUUCAUGGCUGGCAAAGGGUAGAGGAGCAUGCUCUUUGUCCCACUUGCAUACUUUGCAGGCUGUUGUAGUUACAGAGCAUUGCCUUGGAAGUCUUUUCUUCCCUAUCCUACGUCAAAAUGUCUCCUCCCACCCUUAACAUCUGUCUGUCUUAAGACAGGCAAGCCCUCUUUUUGGGGAGGUGACAACAAAGUAAAUUGUAGGGAAAGCUGCAGUUUUCCAGCAUGUUCUGUGGUUUUGUUGGCUCUGAGGAAAAACAUACUGCAAAAUGAACCCCAUACUUCUGGGGCCAGUGUGUUUUCUCUCAGAUUUCUCAUUAGCAGAGUUCAGUUUUCCCCUAGGAUCUUCUCAUUAGAACUCACAGCCUCUUCUCUCCCUGGCUGGUAUGCUGUGUCCAGUUUGGGAAAAGUGGAAACUGUGCAAGAACCCUCUUGAGUUGUGGUGCAAUGGGAUCAAGAAAUUCCCAGGAACUGGAGUGCGUCUUCAGCUUGGAAGGCUUGUAGUGUCUAUCUGAGCCUUUUGGCAGCUUCUGGGGGAGGGUUAUCGGGUGUCGAUGGGUCUUUAAUGGUCCCGUUCACCAUCACCCUUACGUAGUCUCCUGCUGCAGAAUUAGACUUCCCCCCCCUCCCCUGGAUGAGUGAUUUUCCUCUGCCUCCAUUGCUUUAUUAAACAGAACAAAUGCAGUUGUCGUGCUUCAAUUCAUUACAAGUUAUUACCAGUGGAAAAUGUUAUUUUCUGCAUAAAUGUAAUUGUCCUGCCCCAGUGAAUGAAUGGUUUGGAGCAUGCACGCUGUGCUGGGAGGAGGUAACCUCCAGAAAGAAGGGUUGUCCUGGCCAGAAGUGAGUUUGGCAUGGAAGCAGACAUGGAGCGGGCUGGUCCCUCGGCUGUUUUUUCUUCCCCUAAGCUGUGUUUCUCAGAACCAGUUGACAGUUUGUCCUGGACUGACUCUAAAGAGUAAGAGCUGAUAUAAAUAUGUGAUACAGCUCUGGAGCACUCAAAAAUUAAUAUUUCAUGAUCAAGACGUCUUUAUUUUAUUACCUGCUUCAAUAAAAGGAGGAAUUUGUGUAGUUCGUAGCCAUUGUGGUUCCCUUCCACCAUCCUGAAGGACCAAAAAGUGCCAUGCAGCAGGGGGCUCAGUGCCAGACCCCAGCUCCAGUCCUGGCUGAAGGAAUUGCCUGGUGUGAAACAGAGGUUGCAUGAAGAAGGUGGUGUCCUUUUUGGAGUUGUUUUUUCUUUCCUCCUCUGAUCUCGGGGUGAUUAGAUCCCAGUGCUGUGUCAUACAGGGGGCUGCAGGUCCUGCAUGUUAUAGACCAGGUCUGCUGGGAUGCCGAUCUCUGUCCUGGGCUGGACAGCCACUUGCACUGGUGGUGCCUGGUACAGCAUGAGGUGGCAGAUGUGGUGAUAAAGCCAAGCUAUUCUAGCGAGAGUUUCUUAAAUCAGUUUGGUCUCUUUGUAGUCUUCAGAAGGCUGAACUGUUGGUGCUUUUGAAGUUAGCAGGUUCCUGCUAGGGUGAAGCUGUGUUUUGUAGCAGCUUUUCAACCAGGGCUCCCAUAGCGCUUUCGCAGCUCCCCUGGGGAGGGUGUGAGCCACCAGCCCUGUUCGGCAGGGUUGCUCAGACCCCUACGGUACCAAACGUUUCCCCAGUGCUGUGCAAGGGGAGUGGGAGCACAACCCAGAAAGGUGUAGUUGUGAGACUACUAGUAGCAAUAGUCUCCGCUGGAGGGGCAGAAAGAUGGUCAUGGUGCUGGAGCAUGUGUCCUGCAAGGAGAGGGUGAGGGAGCUGAGCUCGUUCAGGCUGGAGAAGGCUCUCGAGUAGGUCUGCCAAUACCCACAGGGGCAUCAUCCAGAAGAUGGAGCCAGGCAGCGUGUGGUGGGAGGACAGAAAACAAGAAGUGUCGGGUGAGACAAGGAGAAGAUCAGACAUUUUUGCCCCAAGGACGGACAGUCAGCAGAGUUCACUGCCCAGAGAGGUUAUGUAGUCUGUGUGCUUGGAGGUUUUCAAGACCAGACUAUAAACCUGAACAACCUGCUGUGACCUAAGAGAUGCAGCUUGGAGCAGGAGUUUGGUCUGGAGACCCCCGAGGUCCCUUCCCACAGAGUUACCCUGGGAUCCUCCCUGCUUGCUCUUGUGGAAGUGGGGUGCUGCUUUUGCUCACAGAGGGGUCCAGUGGGGGGCCUGUUUCGUGGGCACGUGUAUGCCAUUGCAGCAGGCCUGCCUGGGACCGCCUGACUGACUUGCUUUGUUAUGAUCCUCCAAGAGACCAUGGGUGGACAUCGGGGGGGCGGUUCUUUGCUCUGUCUGCCCAGGCUUAGCAGAUCUGUACUGGUGCAAAGUGGGAGAAGAGGGCAAAGGGACAGAACCUUCUGGUGCUUUGUUUUUGCCCGAGCCCCUCUGAGACUGGGUGAAGGUCACUGGUAUUGAAGCCUGUUUUAUUUUCUUGUCUCCCUCUGGAGGAGUGGGAGAGGCAGGAUUUGGAAAUACUUAUGCAACUUGCCCUGCUUGUAUGAUGCUAGCACACAGCUGGUGACACUUACUUCUGUAGCCUUGGGGGUUGAGAAGUGUGAAUCAGAGACUGUUUUUCUCCACUGAUGCUCCUAUAGAAAUUUGUAGAAAGUGGAAAGUCCCAUUUGUAACGUUCCUGUGUUGCUCUGCCAGUAUAUCUGCUGCAACCUUCCCCUGGUCCAGCCUCCCAGCCCUUGCCUGGCUCUGCAAGAGUGAGUCAGCUCAGCCAACAGCAUCUCCUCGCCCCGGCUUCAUAAUGUGCAGGCCAUGAUCCCAGCCCACGUGCCCUUCUAAGAGUUCAGCUGCUAGAGCGAUGCUGCGUGGUUCCUGACCUCCUGCACCUGCUUCUUGCACAGGCACAGAUAUCUUCUGCUCUGGCUGGCUCUGGAGAUGUGGUAGGUCCACACGGGAGAUGGCUCAGCACUCCUCUCUUAGGUCAGAGCACUCAGUGCCAUGGAAAGAAGGAGUUAAAUAGGAAACAGCUGGAUGGGGAGGAGGGGAAGUGAUUUGCAGCUUACAGACAGUUGAGGCAGGAUUUUGUUCGGGUUUUUUGUGUUUUUUGUUUUUCUUUCACAAAGUUCUAUUGCUUGUUCUUGUAUUUAUCAAAUGAGGAUUUUGCUACAAUGUGUUUAUUUUCGGAGGACUUGGGGAUUUGUACGUUGCUGACUAGAACAAUUGAUUUUUAUUUAUUUAUUUACUGCAGGAGAGAACUGAAGCAAUAAGUUUUCAGGCUUUAGCUGUUCUGGAGCAGUUUAAUUUAGAGAAACAGCCUGAUUCUGUUGCUGUGUGCAACUGACAAAAGCUCAUGUAAUGCUGGUGCCAGUGUGGGCUCUGCAGAGGAGCCCUGGGAUCUCUCGCUCCGGUGCCCAGGUCACCUCAAGCCGUUCGCUCUGGCAGUCCAAGAUGCUUCUGUCCAGGGCUGGUUGCCAUCUUUUGCCCUGGAGCUCGGCGGCACAUCACACAGGCUUGGCACACGACCAGCUCCUGCCAGGAGGAAAGACACAAACUGCCGGGUUUUGGGCACUUACCAGUCUCUCAUCCUGCCCUGUUCCUUGUUGUCUUGCCCAGCUCUGGUGAGGCUCCAGAAAAGCCUUUGGUCCCAGAUGACACCCAAAGGUGGUGGAGACCCCAGGUUUUUUUGACAGCUGUGUAGGAGCUAGGGCUCUGUAGCAACGGGACAAGCAUGCUCAGCAGAGCCCGAGGAGGGGGAUAUCACUGUCCUGCAGUGGGUUUGGAAGGUGACCAGCUGGUGCCACCUUCAUCCCUUCCCCAUCUUGUCCUAACAAUUCUGCCCUGCUUUGGUUAAAAGUUCCUGCACACCGGAAGGAAGCAAAGGGCCAGUGAUAUCCCUUCAGUGACUCCCCUUUCCUUUCUAGUGACAGCCUUCUCCUGCCACCUCCAGGCACUCUGAAACGGUGUCCAGAGGGAAACAGCGACGGCCUUUCAGGCAGCUCUGCUGCUGGAUCUUGCCUGCGAAGGCUGCCUGGGCAUACCAGCUAGCAUCCCUCUCCAGAGGCUGUCACCUCGGCAGCGGGCUGCCUUUGGCACUCCUCACUUUGCAAGGCAGGGCGAGCAGUGAGCUUCCCUGGGACCUGAUCAGCAUGCUGAAAGCUGCCUACUUGGUUCAGUACCUUCUAUAUUCUUUUUAAAGUAUUCUAAUUACGCCGUUGUGAUUGCCAAGGGACUUGGCAGUCCUGCCAACGUGGUGUCUCCUGCCAGCUGAUGUGCACCCUGUCUUGGUUGGCUAGAGCUGCUGCAGGGGGAAGCAUGGCCAGCCCGGGCUGUGCUGCUGGAGGCAGGGGCUGUACGGCUGUUGCCCGUCCCUUGCUCUGUGUACCCAAAGAGAGCCUGUAGCAGAACCCUGCUGCCAGCCUGCUGGGCUGCUGAGAGCUUGCGUCAUCAUGAUCCCUGUAAAGUGUCCCUUUCCCAAGAAAAGCCCUUCUGUGGGUGGGUGACUUUGCCAGGUCACUGUGGAGCAGCUGGUUUUGAGAGGAGCUCCUCUCCUGCGCAGGCGUCUGGGAAGGCGGCAGGCGAUGUUUAUCUCAGUUGCGUUUUUUGGGGCUGGAGAGCAUGUGUGUUAUCAUACAGCAGAUGGCCUGGUGAAUAGGUGGUGGAGACAACUGUAUUUCCUUACACAGGCUUGUUGCCUGCCGGGAAAGGAGCCAGUGAGGCUUUGUAGGGAGAAGUAUAAAGCUUGGACAGGCUGUGGUUGGGCUUUUCCUUCAGCCGGUUCAUUUUUGAGAGGUACGUGUUGCUGUGGGGCAGAGGCUGCUGCUAUGAUCCACCAUGUGCUGGUAGCGUUUGAACCAUGCAGAGACAGGUUCCAGCCUUGUGCCCUCGGUGAUCUUUGGACCCUUAAAUUAAGUCUGGUGCUCCGGGCAGGGACGUGAAUUGUCCAUCAGUCCUCAGCAGGAGUCUGGUGGGAGCAGUCUGCUGCGCUGCCAGUUGUCAAGGCUGGGGAGCCAGUGGCGUGUGUGGGACAGCCAAAGAUGUGUGUACCGUGUCCUCUCCCAUUUCCGUGUCUCCCACUAACUUGCAGGGGAAGUUGUGUGGCUGCUGGGCACCACGACAUGGUACGACGGCUGUCCCGGGGAGAACCAGGCAGGGAAGUCUCCUGCCAGAGCUUGCCAUGCUGGUGGCCCUGCCACAGCAAGGGGAGCCACAGACCUGUGAGGGAAGAGCUGAUGACCGUUCUGGGAGGCUUUUUGGUUCUCCUGAGAGCCUGUCAGUGGAGAAAGUUAAGUAGGUGAAAAUCCCAGCAGCAGGCAGGAUGGUGUCCCUCAAACAGACGGUGUUGGGAGCCGACUCUGGCAUGGGGGAGACGCAGGGACCAGGAGGGGGACAUUGCCACCAGGGAGCAUCACCUCCCCAGGGUCGGUAUCAGAGCUUGGAGUAGAGCACUGCGGUGUCCUGCCUUCCUUCUCCUCUCUUGCUUCCUGGAGCCUGGAUCUCCUGCCUGGCCCAGUGAAAUGGUGCUGCCUUCCCUGAGCCCACAGCUCAUCACUGAUGCAGCAUCAAGCAGGUCUGGUGAUGGGGCUCACCCCACUAUCCCCUCAUGUGGUACUUCUGUCUGUUCGGUUUGGGAAAGGGCAAGGUGAUUUCUUUUUGUGUGGUUGCAUGGCUAGAAGCCUUUGCCUGCUGGAUGGGACCAUGGGUGUGAGAGUGAUGUGUGCAGCAGGAAGACUGGUGGCUGGAGGGUCCUGAAUCUGCAGUAAGCAGUGUGGCAUCUGCAUUUGGGGGUGGAUUUUUUUGGAGCCAGUGCUCUCCAGCACAGUGUACGGUGGGUAACAGCAUGGGACGCUGCAGGACGGAUGUGGAUGGCACAGGUUGCUGACAGCCUUUGCUUCCCUUCUGCUGAUGCCUGUGGUUUGAUGAACCUCAUCCAGUAAGACAAAUGGAUGUGACAGGAUCACGGUGCCCUUCAUGGCCCCAUUUGCUUCCCUGCCUCUAAUGGAGCCGGGCACGCAGCUCCUUGCCUUUCUCUGUUUGAGGAAUGAUCUCCCUUUCAGACGGCUGUGGACCUGGUGCUGCCGCAGGGGAGAGGACUGUACAGUGGCUCACAGCUGUAGGACUUCAGGCAGAAAAAUCAAUGUUUAUAUUUCUCUUAGCUGAGAAAGAUUCCUUAAAUAACUCCAGUAAAUAAAUACCUUGUAAAGUUCAAACCAUAAAGGCAUGGUAUAUGAACCAGAAUGAAUUUUCAAGCUCUCUCUUGCAAUAAAAUGGAUUUCUUGAGUUCAGGCUUUAUUUAGAGAAACAUUUGAUUGAAGAAGGGAGUUGAAGGUUGUAUCUGAUCCCUUUGUGGGGGUGAGCUGCUGCUUCCAGUGGCUGUGGAGCAUGGUCUGGAAAUGUUGGAUUGCUGCUGCUGCUGGAGUAUUCCCAGGAGAGUUUCUCACGUACCCAGCCAAACGGAGGGUCACUCUUCUUCUCCCCAGGGUGGUUCUUGCUGCAUCUUCUGUCUCCUCAAGACCCUGCUGCUGCAAUGCAGUCUGCUCGGCUGCCUUGGGAAGCUGGUUGUGCAGGUGCUGCUGCUUGGGAUUCUGGAGACCAGCCAGGACCCGGUUCCCUCUGUGGACUGCACCACUGUCUCAUAGCUUUCUGCACCUGCCCUCUAUGGCAUAAAAUGUCUUCCUUCCCUUCUCUGUCCCAGCUGGUGUUGUGGUUGAACCUGGUUGUUGAGGAGACUCUAGAGAGGGAGCCAGUGGUGAGCCCACUGAGGUGCAACUCCCAUGAUUUAGCCUGCCAUGUUCCUUGGUCUGCAGCGUCCGGAAUUUGCUGUUCCCAAGAAGUGCUGAGGGCAUGGGACGGGCGCAGAGGCUUCACCUGCAGAGUUGGCCCUGCCUGGUCUUGGGCAAGCAGGGCAGAGUGGAAGGGUUUGGAAGGGGACCAGUUCAGGCAGAGAGAAGUGCAGCUGGCCUGGAGCUUGGGUUCAAGGUUGGGGCUUCAGACUUGGCCGCAUUAUCUGGGAACAGGAGGGUGCAGGGGGAGGGCUCUGGGCUCGUGCUGCACGUUUACCUGAAGGAGAACUGUUUUGUCCUUGUGUGAAGGAGAAGGAAGCAGAAAGCUCUGUUUCAGCCCCACCUUCGCUCGAAGCUCCAGGAAAUGACCCCGAGCAGGGGACAAAGAGCACCGUGCAGGGCUGGGAUUCCUUCUGCUGUUUGUCAGCAUGCGUGCAAGCACAGCAUCACCUUCCUGAAAGCACCAGGAGGGCUGCAGUGAGGGAGAGCUGCUCCCUGUGCGAGCCCAGAGGUUGUCGUGACCUGUGGAGCUGGUGGUGCUGCUCCAUUUCGCUUUCUGAAAGUUGAACCUGCCUAGAAAACAUCAUUACGACUUUCUGCCCUUGAACAAGGUGGCUCUGGCGUGCGUUGGACCUGUUUCCCCCAUCAGGGUUUCAGGCAUUCCUGGGCAACACUGGAGGUUGAAGCCGAGGGCUGGUGCUGACGGCAGGGCUCUGUGGCCUCUCUGCUUCCCAGCCACUCCCACUCUCCUGGCUCCAUGGCUGCCGUCCGCGAGUGGUCCUGCACCCGCUGCACCUUUCUGAACCCUGUCGGCCAGCGGCAGUGCUCCAUAUGCGAAGCCCCCCGCCAGAAGCCCGACCUCAACCACAUCCUGCGGCUCAGCGUGGAGGAACAGAAAUGGGCUUGUGCCCGCUGCACCUUCAGGAACUUUCUGGGCAAGGAAACCUGUGAGGUUUGUGGCUUCACCCCAGAGCCAGGGCCCAGCAGCUCCCCCUUGCCCGUCAUCAACGGCAUCUUGCCUAAGCCCACUGUGCUUGCGGAGCCCAAGGGCACGUCCAAGGAGGAGGCUGCCAAGGCAGAAAGCAGCAGUGAGGACUCGGAGGGGAAGAGCCCCGAUGAAGCAGAGCUGGAGAGUGGCUGGGCUUGCCAGCGCUGCACACUGCACAACACGCCGAUGGCCAAUUCCUGCUCUGCUUGCGGCGGCCCACGCAAGCUCUCCCUGCCCAAGAUCCCACCAGAGGCGCUGGUCGUCCCUGAAGUCAUCACCCCUGCCGGAUUUCACAUGGCCCCCUCUACCCCACAGCCUUUAGUCUCCGCAGACAUCUCUGAUGGUGACACCGUGGCCACCCAGGGCCCAGUGGCUAUGGAACAAGAGGCCCAGAAGCUACCAGCCUUCAGUCCCUUCUCCCCGGGGCUCCAAAACAACCCUGUGCCCCGAAGCCGCCGGGAGGUGCCCCCCCAGCUGCAGAUGCCGGGCCCUGAAGCCUCCCAGCCUGCGGCUCAGAGUGCAGCAGGGCAGAAGGGCUCUCCACAGGGUCAGGCCAGGGCUGCCCCGGCUGCCCGCUUCCAGGAGCUGCUGUCCAACAAGCGGCUGAGCGUGCUGGAGGAGGAGAUGGAGGUCAGUCCAUCCCACUGGAAGUGCAGCUCCUGCUCCCUGCUUAACUCGGCUGGGGCUGGCAAAUGCGAGGCUUGCAGUGCCCAGAAAGGCAGUGACACCAUCAAUCUGGUGGGAGACUCGGUGAGAUUUACCCCGUGCAGCCCCUCCAGCCCUGACUUCACCACCUGGUCCUGUUCCAAGUGCACCCUGAAGAACCCCACCCUGGCCCAGAAGUGCAAAGCCUGCGGCUCCUCCAAGCUGCACGGCUUCCAGGAGCAUGGGACACAGGGCGAGCCGUCCCCUCGCUGCCCCGACUGCGGGGCUUGCGACAAGGGCGGCUGCUCCUCCUGUGGUGGCAGGGCCCCGUCCGCCCGCAAGGUCGCCCGCCUCUUCCCAUCCCAGCUACCCACCAGCCAGGAGAGGCCAGGCCAGUGGGCUUGUCCUGCUUGCACCUUACUCAACGAGCUCAAGGCCAAGCACUGCGUUGCCUGCCAUACCCCACAGCAGUACGUGGCCCAGCGCAAGGGCCUCAAGCCCCUGAAGAGACGGGAGAGCAUGCACGUGGAGAAGAGGCGGCAGACAGAUGAGGGAGAGGCCAAAGCCCUGUGGGAAAACAUCGUGACCUUCUGCCGGGAGAACAAAGUCAAUUUUGUAGAUGACAGUUUCCACCCUGGGCCUAAGUCUGUGGGAUUCCCAGAAGGUGACAGCGUGCAGCAGAGGGUGAAACAGUGGCUGCGACCCCAUGAAAUCAACUGUAGCAUCUUCAAGGACCGAUCAGUGAAGUGGUCGGUGUUUCGGACACCCAGGCCCUCGGAUAUCCUGCAGGGACUGCUGGGGAACUGCUGGUUCCUGAGCGCCCUGGCCGUGCUGGCCGAGCGGCCGGAGCUGGUGGAGAGGGUGAUGAUCACAAGGACGUUGUGCCCCGAGGGUGCCUACCAGGUGCGGCUGUGCAAGGACGGCACGUGGACCACGGUGCUGGUGGAUGACAUGCUGCCGUGCGAUGAGUGCGGAUACCUUCUCUUCUCGCAGGCCCAGAGGAAGCAGUUGUGGGUCGCCCUCAUUGAGAAGGCCCUGGCCAAGCUGCAUGGUUCGUACUUUGCCCUCCAGGCGGGGCGUGCUAUUGAAGGCCUGGCUACACUAACGGGUGCCCCCUGCGAGAGCCUGAUGCUGCAGGUCAGCUCCACUAACCCUCGCGAGGAGCCCAUUGACACUGACCUCAUCUGGGCCAAAAUGCUGAGUUCUAAGGAGGCUGGGUUCCUCAUGGGUGCGUCCUGUGGAGGAGGCAACAUGAAGGUGGACGAUGUGGCCUACGAGAGUAUGGGUCUCCGUCCACGGCACGCCUACUCCAUCCUGGAUGUGCGGGACGUCCAAGGCUUCAGGUUACUGCGGCUCCGAAACCCCUGGGGCCGCUUUUCCUGGAACGGCAGCUGGUCUGACGAGUGGCCGCACUGGCCGGCUCCCUUGCGUCAUGACCUAAUGCCCCAUGGCAGCAGCGAGGGCGUCUUCUGGAUGGAAUACAGCGAUUUCAUUAAGUAUUUUGACUCCGUGGAUAUCUGCAAACUCCAUUCAGACUGGCACGAGGUGCGUGUGCAGGGCAUGUUCCCCAACAAGGCCAACGGGCCGGUGACGGUGACAUCGCUGACGGUGUUGGAGCGUGCUGCCCUGGAGUUUGCCCUCUUCCAGGAGGGCAGCAGGCGGUCAGACACGGUGGACAGCCACUUGCUGGAUCUGUGCAUCAUGGUUUUCCGGGCCACCUUCACCAGCGGGAACAAGCUGAGCCUGGGCCGGCUGAUGGCUCACAGCAAACGAGCUGUCAAGAAGUUCGUCAACUGCGACGUCAUGCUGGAGCCGGGCGAGUACGCCGUCGUGUGCUGUGCCUUCAACCACUGGAGCGCUGCCCUGGCAGGCCCCGCUGCCGCCCAGGCAUCCAGUCCCACCAGCAGCCGACCAGCCACUGACUAUUCCAGCUAUAUCCUGGCCAUCUACAGCUCCCGCCUGGUGAUGGUGGAGCAGGUGGAGGCGCAGCCCACCACGCUGGCGGACGCCAUCAUCCUGCUGACCGAGAACAAGGGCGAGCGCCAUGAGGGCCGAGAGGGGAUGACAUGCUACUACUUGACGCACGGCUGGGCAGGGCUCAUUGUGGUGGUGGAGAACCGGCACCCCAAGUCCUACCUGCAUGUCCAGUGCGACUGCACCGACAGCUUCAACGUCGUCUCCACGCGCGGCAGCCUCAAAACGCAGGACAGCGUCCCCCCCCUGCACAGGCAGGUGUUGGUGAUCCUUUCCCAACUGGAGGGUAACGCCGGCUUCUCCAUCACCCACCGUCUGGCGCACCGCAAAGCCACCCAGGCCUUCCUCAAUGACUGGAUGUCAACAAAGGGCACCCAUAACCCGCUGCUCACGCCUGAGGUCGCCGGGCUCCACGGCCCACGGCCCCUAUGACGAAGCGCCUCCCCCUCCCCGCUCUGCUCCCCCCUUAUUUUCACCGAGCCUCUGGCCUGGGGUCGCCCCCCGAGCUGUCAGCGCUGAGCCGUGGGGCAGAACCAGAGCGUGACACCCAGCACUUUGCCCCACGCCGUGGGGCCGGGGCGAGCUCUCAGGGCCAGGACCAGCUCUGCCUGCUGCCCCCCCGCCCUGGCACUGCCGUCCCCCCCAUGCACUUUAUGAGGAGCGGCUGGGGGCACGGGGCCAUCUCAGGAUCCCACCUGCCCUGUACCUGCACUGGGGCCCGGUGCCCUCGCCCUGCCCUGGCAUGCAGCAGGGGGGCUGCGGGAGAGGGGGGGGGGCUGGAGGUUGCUGUCAAGGCCCUUCCUCGGCACCACGCUCAGGACUCUGCCCCCUCCCGCAGCGCCAGGGCCCUGGCGCUGCGAAAAAAAGAAUAUACCUCUGAUGUCUGUCCGUCUGUGUGACCCUCCGUCUGUCCCUGGGCCCUUCCUGCUGUCUUGUUCCCCCCCUUUGUCCGCUGCUGGGACCGACAUGGCACCGACGUCCCACAGCUGGGCCAGGGGGUGCUGGGGUCACCCCGCCGUGGUGCCACCUGUCCUGGCUGCUCAUGGUGGGGGUCUAGCAUGGUGCCUGGACCACCCCCAUCCACCUCACUGGUGCCGGGGCUGGGGAGGAGGGGGUGCUGGGCUGUUUUAGAAAGCUGCUGCUGAGGGGUUUUCACCGCACCUGGGAAUGAAACCAGAGGUGCCCAGCGCCGCCACCGCAGGCUGGGGAGCGAGGCCAUGGGGUGAUGCUCGGGAGGGCUGUGGCAGCAGGGAACCCCCUCAACUCGUCACACAAGUGUUACUAUGCAAAGGCAGGCGGUGGAAGCAGUGCCUGGAGAGAAGCCAUGGGUCCUGAGCUGGGCUCAGCCCCCCGCUGUGGGGGCCGCUCCCCUCCCCGUGCCCUGCGGAGGCGAGGGGUGAAGGGCAGCAGGUACAGACGUGGGCUUUGGGGAGCAGUGUCUGUGUUUUUUCAUGGCUUUACUGUGUUGCCAUGUGCCGGGGAGGGGUGGGGGGGUGUAUGAUUUCGUUGUGGGGGACCACAGAGCCCCAUCCUCCAUGAGCCGAGUCCUGCGGAAGGUAGCGAGCAUGAGGCGAAGGCUUGUGAGGGCCCCGGGGUGCCGCUGGCCCCGGCAGGUGCUGGGGGCUGACCCCCACCGUUUCAGGGCAUUGUGGCUCUCUGGCUUGGUGUGUGUGUGGGGGUGUUUCAGGGGUCCCCCGGUGUCACCCUCUCCUUCCUAAGCUGUGGGACCUGCAGCUCUGGGGGAGCAGUGGGACAUGCUGGGCCCUGUUCUGGUUGGGACUGUGCCAGCGGGCAGCCUGUGCCCCGAUCCCUGCUGUGGGGCUGGGCAGGGGGAUGUGUGGGCUUGGGGCUUUGGCCUGCAUGGCCCUCUGUGUGUCCCAGGGGGGUGGGCUGCCCUGGCACCUUGCCAGCCCCCCUGGCCGGGGCUGCUGAGCCAAGCUCUGUCCGUGUUUUUGUUCUGUUUUCUCUCUUCCCUGCUCCUUCCUCCUUUUUUCUUCCUUACUUCCCCCCCCCCCCCCCCCCCCUUUCUGUCUUUCUGAGCUGUGAAUAUUUUUAACCCUGUAAAUACUGGCCAGCUCUUAAGAAACAUAGGAUAUUUUAUCAAUUGUAAAUCAGAUCAGUAAUCCCUGUAUGAUAUGAAUUAUCCAUGGGUGGUUUUCAAACUCAGGUUCUGACGGACCAAAUAAAGUUUUGUUUUUUACUGAA